AUGGAAACCGAGCUCAAAGACCUCUCCCCCGCCACCCAGCCCCCGCCCCCGCCUGCCGACAAGGACGACCGCCCCCUCCUCAAGCCGGAGCCGGACGCCGAGGCCUCCGCGAUCACGCCGGAGAACCUGGCCGAGCUCGAGAAGCGGUUCGCCGCGUACGUCCGCCGCGACGCCUACGGCAGCAUGGGCCGCGGCGAGCUCCCGCUGAGGGAGAAGGUGCUCCUCGGCGUCGCGAUGGCCACGCUCGUGCCCGUGCGCGUGGUCGCCGCGCUGGCGAUACUGGUGGCGUACUACCUGAUCUGCAGGGGCUGCACGCUGCUCAAGAAGCCGAACCGGGAGGAGGAGGGCGAGCAGGAGGACUACGCGCACAUGGGAGGGUGGAGGAGGAAGGUGAUCGUCGCGUGCGGGAGGGUGCUGUCUCGAGCCAUGCUCUUUGUGAUGGGGUUUUAUUGGAUCAACGAGACAUCUCGCGGUGCUUCCUGCGGUCCCGAAGAUGAUGGCGGGAAACGACAGGAAGAGCACGAAAGACCUGGGGCAAUCGUAUCCAAUCAUGUGUCGUACGUUGAUAUCUUGUACCACAUGUCUUCUUCCUUCCCAAGCUUUGUUGCCAAGAGAUCAGUGGCUAAACUUCCUCUAGUUGGUCUCAUCAGCAAAUGCCUUGGCUGUGUAUAUGUUCAACGAGAGUCCAAGUCAUCUGACUUCAAGGGUGUUUCCGGUGUUAUCACUGAAAGAGUUAGGGAAGCUCAUCAGAACAAAGAUGCUCCAAUGAUGAUGCUUUUUCCAGAAGGCACAACCACAAAUGGGGAAUACCUACUUCCUUUCAAGACGGGUGCAUUUUUGGCAAAAGCUCCUGUGCUUCCGGUGAUCCUAAACUAUCCUUAUCAGAGAUUUAGUCCUGCCUGGGACUCGAUAAGUGGGGCGCGCCAUGUGCUUUUUCUACUCUGUCAAUUCAUAAAUCAUAUUGAAGUGACACAUCUGCCUGUUUACCACCCUUCAGAGCAGGAAAAAAAUGAUGCAAAACUGUAUGCUAAUAAUGUCAGAAAGCUGAUGGCUAAAGAGGGUCAUUUGAUUCUAUCGGAUAUUGGCCUCGCUGAGAAGCGUGUAUAUCAUGCGGCCCUUAAUGGUAAUAAUAGCCUGCAUAGUGUUUUGCGUCAGAAAGAAGACUGAUUAUUUCAUGGCUAUGCUCCCAAUUGAUUUGUUGUUCCGGUUGAGUUUAAUAUACAGUGAUAUCUGCUCUGGCUGGUGCAGCCAAAGCAAAGUUUAUCAUUUUAUCCAUUUGAAGGAAUGGGAAUCGUUGAGCUGAUCUUGUAACUUACAGUAAAUUUUGCUAAUGAAAAGUUGAAAUAACAUUUGAAAUGCAAUUAGAGGUCG